AUGGAUCCCUUUUACCAGAACUCUCCCGGGUUUGUUAACCUAUUAGCUUCUCAGAACACUCAAACAAUAGACUUAGAGUCCCCUGAGAUUCCUAGGUUUAGUAGCCAGACCUCUGAAGAUCCUAAACCCGUGGAAAGGAGGAAGUGGACAACAAAACAAGACACUAUCCUCAUCAGUGCUUGGUUGAAUACCAGCAAGGAUCCCAUAGUGAGUAAUGAGCAGAAGGCAGGAGCGUUUUGGAAGAGGAUAGAGGAGUAUUACAAUUCGAGCCCUCAGCUAACUGGCUUACCCACUAGAGAGGCAAGUCAAUGUAAGCAGCGGUGGGGAAGGUUGAAUGAGCAGGUGUGCAAGUUUGUGGGUUGCUAUGAGGCAGCGGUGAAGGAGCAAGCUAGUGGCCAAAAUGAUAACGAUGUCAUGAAGGCGGCCCAUGACAUCUUCGAAAAUGACUACCACGCAAAGUUCUGCCUUGAACAUGCGUGGAGGGAGCUACGGUUUGAUCAAAAAUGGAGAUCAAACUGUGGAAACAAAGAUGGUGCAAAGGACAAAAGGAAGGAACCUGCGGAGGUGGUGCCUGACUUGGAAGAGGUUAGGCCUCCUGGUGUUAAGGCUUCCAAAGCAGCCAAACGCAAGAAGCAUGGGAAUGAAGCUGCGUAUGAUCAAUUAGAGAGCAUGUUAGUUGUGAAAGAGAACAUAUCCAAACACCGACUCCUUGAACGUCUCCUUGCCCGUAAAGAGACACUAUCUGAAAUAGAAGUGUCUCUGAUGAACAAACUCAUAACCGAAUUGCUUUGA